GCCAUCCCUCCUCCCCUCACCUUUUCCGUCCCCAAUUUCUCUUCGCCUUCCCGCUCGCUUGCCAAAUUCGCCGCGCCCGCCGACCAAUUGCUUCCGGAAUUAGGUCGAAACCCUAACCCUAACUCAGGAGCGUCCAUGGCUGCCGCGAUCGGGGGCUGAAGCUGCGGUGCGGAGGAAGUCUAUGGGGUGAAGAGAGCGUGGAGAGGCGUGGGGAUGGACCCUAGCCUGAAGGACGCGGUGGCCGGGGAGGUGGGGGAGGCGAAGGAGGUGGCCCGGUGCCGCGUCGUGCGGAUCAUCGUACACGACGAGGACGCCACCGACUCGUCGUCCAGCGAGGAGGAGGAGGAUGAGGAGGAGGAGAGCUUGCCGGCUCCAGCUGCGGCGGCGGCAGGGAGCGUGAAGCGCAGGCGCGUGCUGCUCCGGGCUGGAGGAGGAGGGGAGGAGGAGGCGGAGGGCGUGAGGUUCAGGGGCGUGCGGCGGCGGCCGUGGGGGCGGUGGGCGGCGGAGAUUCGCGACCCGCAGCGCCGCCGCCGUGUGUGGCUCGGCACUUUCGACACCGCCGAGGAGGCCGCCGCCGCAUACGACGCCGCGUGCCUCCGCAUCCGCGGCCCCGGCUCUGCCACCAACCUGCCGCCUUCGCCUACGCACCGCCCCGACGCGGCCCUGCCACCGCGCCCCCCGCCGCCACCACCUCCGCGUGAGAAGCCGCCGCCGCCGCCGACUCUGCCGACUCCGCCGAAGAAGCGUCCGCUGCCACCGCUGCCGGAAAGCGCGAAGCAGGGCGUCGUCGCUUCCUCCGCACAGGAGCCGCCUUUCGUGCCGCUGCCUGUGUGGGCGCUGCUGUCGGGGAAGCGCAAGAAGCGGUCGGGCUGCGGCGGGCGCGUUCCCGCCCUCCGCACCCCCGCCGCCGAGGAGGCCGGCCGCGCCUGAGACUCCCACCAAGCACCCACCCGCGAGGCCGCGACCCCCCUACCACUAUUCGGUACUACCAAUCCAUCUGAACAACCACUACUACUACCAUCUCGUUUCCCCUUUCUGUAAUUGUGGGCGAUUGUAAUGUGAACAAUCGGUAACUUCUCUGAUUCCAUGAACUGAUGCUGAUGAUGUACAUAUGCUGCUGCUAUAAUCGCAGUAGAUGAACUCUGAUCUGUAAAAUCUGAUGAACCCUGAUGUGUAAUAAAUAAUAUGUGUUGACAUUUUCGGUUUGAACAA